AUGGAGAGUUGCUGUAUAUGGGGUGGUCGUCAGCUUCUGAUUCAAUCCCACCAUCGCUUCAUCGGCUUCUCCAAUCAUCAUCACAAUCAACGUGUUCAUUUGGUAGCUGCAAAUGGUCCCCGUAAAUGUAAUUCCAGAAACAGCAGAAUUUACUGUACUUAUGAAGACCCCACAAAGAAACCACCACAAUCAUCACCAUCUUCUUCUUCUUCUUCUUCUUCUUCGGCAAUUCAGAUUUACAAUCAGAUUGAAAGAUUACUUACGGAGACUGCAAGACAAUCACAAGAUUCUUGGGGUGGUUCUAAGGAUUGGUCUGAAGUUGAGGGAUCAUGGGUUCUGAAACCAAAAAGCUCAAGACCCAAGUCAGUUGCUCAUUUCAUUGGUGGUAUAUUCGUUGGAGCAGCCCCCCAGCUUACAUACCGUUUAUUUCUUGAACGCCUGGCAGAAAAUGGUGUUUUGGUGAUUGCAACACCAUAUGCUAGUGGAUUUGAUUAUUUCUUCAUUGCUGAUGAAGUGCAGUUCAAAUUUGAUAGGUGUUUUCGAUUUCUACAAGAAACUGUACAAGAUAUUCCUGUUUUUGGCGUAGGCCACUCUUUGGGAAGUGUCAUCCACCUUUUGAUUGGAUCACGAUAUGCUGUGCAAAGAAGCGGGAAUAUACUAAUGGCAUUCAAUAACAAGGAAGCAAGCUCAGCUAUCCCUCUGUUCUCACCUGUUCUUGUCCCAAUGGCCCAAAGCUUUGGACCAUUUCUAUCACAAAUCGCAUCAUUACCGUCAGUCCGUCUUGGGGCAGAGAUGACAAUGAAGCAACUAGAGAACCUUAGCCCUCCAAUUAUGAAGCAAGUUCUUCCUUUGGUUGAGCAACUCCCUCCCUUAUACGUGGACUUAGUUAAUGGUAGAGAAGAUUUCAUUCCCAAACCUGAAGAAACUCGCCGCCUUAUCAAAUCAUAUUAUGGCAUUUCUAGAAAUCUUCUGAUAAAGUUCAAGGACGAUGCGAUUGAUGAAACUUCAAUAUUAGCUAAGGUGCUUAGUUCAGAAGCAGCCAUUAGUUCAAUGCUAGACAUGUCAAUUCGCUUGUUGCCAGGAGAUCAUGGGCUUCCAUUGCAACAGGCAUUCCCAGAUGUCCCACCUGCGAUGGCAGAUGCAGUAAACCGAGGAAGUGAGAUUUUUGCAAAUCUCACUGUUGGAACCCCGUGGGAGACAGUUGCCAAAGAAGUAGGCAACACACUAGGCGGAGACUCAAGGAUUCUCCGUGCACAAGCAUCAAAGGAUGUAGACCACCUUGUGAAUGUUAUAAUAUCCUGGAUGGCUUCAAAUUCAGGCCCGAAACUCUUGAGGCAAUGA